CCCCAAAAAGUGAAGUGUAGACGCCUGAAAUCCUCACCCACAAAUGUUGCAGCAUCGAAAAGCUCCACCGCACCUAUAUAUACUCUACCGGCACGCUCGCCCUGUUCUUGCUGCUCCUCACAACUUCUUCUCUGCUCCUUUCCAUUCACACACCUCUCAGCUUCUACUCUGUUUCGCUGCUCACUCGUAGAAGUGCUCUGCUCGUAGAAGAUGGAGUGGACGCGCGGGAAAUGCAUCGGGAAGGGCGCGUUCGGCACCGUGCACCUGGCCGUCGACAGGGCCACAGGCCGCACCUUCGCCGUCAAGUCGGUCGAUGCCAAGGGCGGCGCGCCGGUGGCCGCGAUGGCCUGUCUGGAGAGCGAGAUAAGGAUCCUGAAGCGGCUCAGCUCGCCGUGCGUCGUGGCGUACCUCGGGGAUGACGCGACGGCCGCGUCCAGGAACCUGCACAUGGAGCUGGUCCAGGGCGGCACCGCAGCCGACGCGGCGGCUGCGACUGGCGGCCUCAGCGAGCGCGAGGCGCGGCGCGUCCUGCGCCGUGUGGCUGCCGCGCUGCGCUACCUGCACGACGUCGCCGGGGUGGUGCACGGGGACGUCAAGGGCCGGAACGUGCUCCUCGGCGGCGACGGUGGCGCAAAGCUCGCGGAUUUCGGCGCGGCGAGGCUCAUGUCUGAACCGGCGCCCAGGGGUCCGCGCGGGACGCCGGCGUGGAUGGCACCGGAGGUGGCCCGCGGCGGCGCGUCGACGCCGGCAUCCGACGUCUGGUCGCUCGGGUGCACCGCGGUGGAGCUGCUCGCCGGGAAGCGGCCGUGGUCGGAGAUCGGCGGCGCGCGAGAGGUCGGCGAGCUGCUGCUCCGCGUCGGGUUCGGCGGCAGGCAGCCUGAGCUGCCCGCGCGCUUGUCGGACCCCUGCCGCGACUUCCUCGACAGGUGUCUACGCCGCGACGCCGGCGAGCGGUGGACCUGCGAGCAGCUGCUGCGCCACCCGUUCCUCGCCGCGGACGACGACGCCGGCGAGACGUAUCCGUCUCCCCGGGCGGUUCUUGACUGGGCGGCGUCGGACUCGGACUCCGAUGCGUCGUUCGACUGCUCGGAGGCCGACAUCGAGGAGGAGCACGAGGUCAUGGCGCGCGCCAAGGUGAGGAUCGCCGAAUUGGCGCCAGACAUGCUGCACACAAGCCGGGCGCAUGAGUUGGAUGAAUGGCCCACCUGGGCAUCCGACACCUGGGCCCCACUGCCCGGCCACGAGAUGUCAACCAAUGUACCAUCGGGACCGUCACCAUCCGACGCUGCCACAGUCGACGAUGCAGGAAAUGGCGGCAGCGCCGGUGAUGGUGCCGUCGUCACCGGCGCGUUCUGCUGUGUGAACCGCCGUGCUUGCUGCGACGAUCGCUGUAGGAACCAUAGAAGUUGGUCUGGGGUUGAUCGGCCUGGUUCGCCGCCGUUCGCCGUUGUGUCCGCGUUGGUGUCAUGUAUUCUCUCGCAUUUGGUUCAAUCAAAGAUUUUAUUUGAGCUAUCUGUCAGUAAUUUUUUUCUUACAACUUCUGGUUCAUGCUUCUUUCGUAGCUUUGACUCUUGA